AUGUCGGAAAUAAUUAAAACUGGCGACGCCUGGCCAUCAGGCGUAGAAUUCAAGUACAUCCCAAUUAAUCCCAAUGAUCCCCCAUUGGCAUGCUCUGUGCCAAUAUUGUUGAAGUUGGACGAUCAAAUUGCGAAACUUCCAGAGGGUGGGAACAUCGCCAUAGUUUCAGUACCAGGUGCCUUCACACCAACCUGUACCGAAAACCACAUUCCACCUUUUCUUCAUAAUUUAGCUAAGCUUCGCUCGGACAAGAAGAUUAACCUUUUGAUUGUUUUGAGUGCAAAUGAUGCCUUUGUAUUAAAUGCCUGGGGUAAACUCUUGUUACAAGGAAUUUCUGACUAUGAGGGUGUCGUAUUUGCUUCAGAUCCCAAUGCUCAAUUUGCACAAGCACAUGGAUUAUCUAAAGAUGCUUCUGCUGUAGGAUUUGGAAUCAGAACCGCAAGAUUUGCAUUAGUGAUCAGCAAAGAUAAGGUUGUGAAAUACUUAGGAAUUGAAGAGCAGAAGGGUGUCAGUGUUAGUGGUUAUGAUGCUAUAUACAAGGCUAGGUUAUGA